AAUUAGAAAUUCUUCGAACCCAUCACUGAAUUAGGAAAAAUAAAAUAUUCUUCAGAUAAUCCUGCAUUAUUUUUUCAAUCACACCAAGAUUUUUUCCAUGAGUAAAUCAACAGAAAUUGCACAACAGCGCCCCCCAGCGUAAGGCGUUGUCAUUCACAAAUCCUGACACUUUCUGCACCAAAAUUCAAAUUGAGACUGCAAUCUGUCAGUCUCAUCAGGGGGAUGGAUUUUGCUUUUAAACUUAUCAUUUAAUAAAAUAUCAGUCUGAAUUUGAUUUUGAUAGUAAAUGUUUUACUUCAAAAUGAAUUUUCAAAUUGCAUAUUAAAAUUCCAAAUGGAAAAUACGUUUACGUAUUGUUAAAAUGCGUAUCACACAUUGGAAUUGAUUUUUAAAAUAAAUAGUUUUAAUUAUGGUUGAAAAACUUCCCAUUUAUAAUAUUUUAAGUAACCCUUUUUUGUAGUAUGAUUGCCUGAGACCAAAGUGUUAAACAAAAACCAAGACGGCUAAAAAUGAUUAUUAAAUGUAAAAGAAAACACUUUUCUAGUUUUCCGCCCACAUCAUCAUACUCCCUCUUUCUAUGCUAUAAUCUAACGAUCAAAAGCAGAAUGUGUGAAAAUUUAUCGAGAACACAAACCUUCUUCUCAGCUCUUUUGUUCGUCCUCAAAUAAAAAUAAAAAGUGACUCGUCAGCUAGUGAAAGUGAAAGAAAUUCCGGAUUUGUUUCCGGAGCGAAAAAAACCUGGCAACCUGCAGAGUGGCGUUGCCGGUCCGGCUUCAUUCAGUCUCUCCCUGACACGCAGCGUGGAAACAUGGUGCUCGACUUGGACCUGUUCCGGACGGACAAAGGCGGCGAUCCCGAACUUGUUCGUGAGACCCAGAGGAAGAGGUUCAAGGACGUGACGCUGGUGGACAAGCUGGUGGCGGUGGACACUGAAUGGAGGAAAUGCCGUUUCACCGCCGACAACCUGAACAAAGCCAAGAACCUGUGCAGCAAGAGCAUCGGGGAGAAGAUGAAGAGAAAGGAACCGGUGGGAGACGACGAGUCCGUCCCAGAGGAAGCUCAGAACCUGGAGUCUCUAACAGCUGAAACCUUAUCGGCUCUCACUGUUACGCAAAUCAAGAAGGUGCGUUUGCUGGUGGACGAAGCCGUGGAGAAAAGCGACAAGGAGCGGCUGAGGCUGGAGGCGGAGCGCUUCGAGUACCUGAGGGAGAUCGGGAAUCUGCUGCACCCGUCGGUGCCCAUCAGCAACGACGAGGAUGCGGACAACAAGGUGGAGCGGACCUGGGGCGACUGCAGCGCCCAGAAGAAGUACUCCCACGUGGACCUGGUGGUCAUGAUUGACGGCUACGAUGGCGAGCGGGGCGCCGUGGUGGCCGGGAGCAGAGGCUACUUCCUGAAGGGCCCCCUGGUGUUCCUGGAGCAGGCGCUCAUCAACUACGCCCUGAGGAUCCUCCACAGCAAGAAGUACACCAUGCUGUACACGCCCUUCUUCAUGAGGAAGGAGGUCAUGCAGGAGGUGGCUCAGCUCAGCCAGUUUGAUGAAGAACUCUACAAGGUCAUCGGUAAGGGCAGCGAGCGCUCAGACGACAGCUCCCUGGAUGAGAAAUACCUCAUCGCCACCUCAGAGCAGCCGAUCGCGGCCUUCCUGAGGGAGGAGUGGCUAAAACCCGAAGACUUGCCGAUCCGCUACGCCGGCUUCUCCACCUGCUUCAGGCAGGAAGUGGGCUCUCACGGCCGGGACACCCGCGGGAUCUUCAGGGUGCAUCAGUUUGAGAAGAUCGAGCAGUUUGUGUACGCCUCCCCCCACGACGGAAAGUCCUGGGAGAUGUUUGACGAGAUGAUCGGGACGGCAGAGGAGUUCUACCAGACGCUGGGGAUUCCCUAUCGGAUCGUCAACAUCGUCUCCGGCGCUCUAAAUCAUGCAGCCAGUAAGAAACUGGACCUGGAGGCCUGGUUUCCCGGCUCCGGCGCCUUCCGGGAGCUGGUCUCCUGCUCAAACUGCACCGACUACCAGGCCAGACGCCUCCGCAUCCGCUACGGACAGACCAAGAAGAUGAUGGACAAGACGGAGUUUGUGCACAUGCUGAACGCGACCAUGUGCGCGACCACGCGCGUGAUGUGUGCCAUCCUGGAGAACUACCAGACGGAGGAAGGCAUUGUGGUUCCAGAGAAACUCAGGGACUUCAUGCCUCCAGGUUUGACAGAGAUCAUCAAGUUUGUUAAACCCGCCCCCAUCGAUCAGGAGACGGCCAAGAAGACGAAGAAGCAGCAGGAAGGGGGGAAAAAGAAGAAGCAGCAGGGGGGAGGAGAGCAGAACCUGCCCAACGCCAUGGACAGCAUGUCUGUCAACGACUCGUAGACUCCAGUGCCGUCGCCGCGGCAACCUCGAUGCAAACAGAUGGAACUGAGCCUCGUCCGCAACUGUCCCCACCGGUCCUCUCCUGGAGCCGGUGGAUGAAAGGAGAAAGUGGGGAGAACGAGGCUCUGUCUCAUCCGUGUCCUCCUGGUUGUCUUCUUUCACAUAAAUGUCCUCUGUGCACUUCUGGAAACUUCCCCAAAGAUCUGCUCAUCUCACACUGAAGACGGAGGGUCUUUCUGAGACCAAAAGCCUGCUUCUGCUCUGUCAUGGAGAAGACGGAGCCUCUCCCUCCUUCACUCUGAGGCGACUCGCCUAUUUAAGGGUGUAUGUGGUCGUGCGUUGAUGACGUGGCGCUUACUGUAAAGAAUAAAUACAGUUGACAUGCA